GAGAGACGAAUUGCGACCUCGACUGCGCUCUGUCAACAACAAGAGUUCUCAGUUUGAUGAAAAAAUGAUUGAUCUCUGUGAAGAGCUGGAUAAUGUAACCUUCUGCAUGUCAUCUCGUGACUGGAGUGGAUGCAUGGCUCUGGAUGGGCUGCAUUUGAAUGCAGCAGGAACACGGCAGUUAGCUACACUGUUUGUUCAAGUUUUGACGCAACUUUUAACUGAGAGUUCCAAAAGUACCAGUAAAAUAGAGCUUCGAAGUUCAUUGGAUUUUCCUCCUCUCUGUGAUGGCGGCAGCGAUAUUUUAACAUUUUCAGCCUCUCCUCUGUAUUCUGAAGUUGUUGCUGAAUCAGCUCUGUCGAGGAAACUGCCAUCACAGUUGAAUGUGAAAGCUCCUUCAGAAACUGAACAGCAACUUCAAACAAGAGAAUUUCAACAGUGUUCAUCUGCUGCUGUUACUCAAAAGAACCUAAAGGAAAAUUCUGAAUUGUCUUCUUUCUUGAGGAAAUCUGCUCAUCCAGAUCCUAAUGGUUGGAUUCAUGUAGGGCGAAAACGUUUCACUCAAAAUAUAGAACAGUGUUGUCAGUUGAGGAAGCCUUGCCUGGUUUCACCAAAGAAUGUAGCAUCUUUGAACUGUAAAACGUAUCCAAGAGAAUUUCACCAAUGUUCAUCUGUAGCUGUUACUCAAAAGAACCUAAAGGAAAAUUCUGAAUUGUCUUCUUUCUUGAGGAAAUCUGCUCAUCCAGAUCCUAAUGGUUGGAUUCAUGUAGGGCGAAAACGUUUCACUCAAAAUAUAGAACAGUGUUGUCAGUUGAGGAAGCCUUGCCUGGUUUCACCAAAGCAUGUAGCAUCUUUGAACUAUGAAACGGAUCCAAGAGAAUUUCACCAAUGUUCAUCUGUAGCUGUUACUCAAAAGAACCUAAAGGAAAAUUCUGAAUUGUCUUCUUUCUUGAGGAAAUCUGCUCCUCCAGAUCCUAAUGGUUGGAUUCACGUAGGGCGAAAACGUUUCACUCAAAAUAUAGAACAGUGUUGUCAGUUUAGGUGAGAUAUUGUUUCUAACUUUCCAAGGACAAUAAAUUAGAGCUUUUAUCAAGUAACCAAACACAUUUUCAGAAAAAGGGACUGAAAAAUGUUGUUAGAGCUGGCAUAUGGGAAUCCAUUUUAAUGGAUUGAUCCCAGCUGAAUAUUGGGCAGCUCAGUUCAAUAUUCAGUUUUCUGCUGAUGACCCACUUAGGUCAAAGUAAGAAAUAUAUAUAUAUCUUAAUGUAAUGCAAUCAUUAUACAGGGUGUGAAUCAAAAGUUUAAAGACUUACCUUGAAAUAGAAAUUUAUUGGACAUUUAAAUACAGCGGACUAAAAUUCUUCAAAAUAUAAUACUUCAGCAUCAACACAGCGUGCCUUCCACUGUUCGUAGCCCUUCUGGAAGGCCUCGAGUGUCAUGCUGUCAAGGGCUCUCGUCGAAGCCUGUUGGAUGGGGUCGAAUCGCUUUCCUUUUAGGACUGUCUUGAUUCGGGAAAAGAGGAAAAAGUCACUUGGAGCCAAGUCGGGACUGUAGGGUGGCUGCGUCAGUGUUAUCACAUUGAACUUGACUCAAACGUCGGCGGGUGCAUUGUCGUGGUGCAGAAUCCAGACGCCGGGCGGACUCGAUCCCUCAAGCGGCGGAGCACUCCAACAUAAAAGUCACCUGUGACAGUCUGUCCACAAGCAACAAACCCUUGUGAAUCACUCCUUGACAAUUAAAAAAGCAAUCAGCAUGCACUUCACACGCGACUUGCUCAUGCGAGCUUUCUUGGGCUUCGGAGAGGAAGCAGUGUGUUAUUUUGAGCUUUGAUACUUCGACUCAGGAUCGUACUCGUAGACCCAGGUCUCAUCACCAGUCACCUUUUUCUCCAGAAGGUUCAGAUCAACAUUCAACCGUUGGAGCAUUUCCUGGCAAACAGUCAUGCAUAAUUUUGCAUAACAUCUGUAUAUACGCACAGAAUAAAUGACUUCUUUUCCAAAAGGAAUUUUUCAAUGAUGUCUGUACAUACAUAUGUAUUUAUCUCACAUAACUAAAAAAGAUUAGCCGUAGAAUGUUUGUUGUAUAUGGGACUGCUAUAGUUGUGCAUCUCUCUUUUUAUUGUAAUUGCCAGAACCAAAUAUACACACACACACCUUUACCUAGCCUUAAUUUUCACAAUCAUUGGCCCUAGUCUAUACUCCCAAUUAUCAUUGAAAUGCUUUAAAUGAUGAAAAUAGUUGUGUUUUGGCGAUGUAAAACUUUUUUUAAAAAAUUAUUUUUGACAAAUAACGAAAUCUAUUUUAAUGCGAUCUCCAGCUUCCUUAUGUCUGCAAAAAUAUCUGGGACAUUUUUAUACUCAUUAUAAAAAAUGAAAUUAUGAGAAGUUUGACUCCCAUGUGACAAAGACUGAGCAGUGUUUUAAAUUUCAAAAUCUGCAGUUUUUGUAUAAUUUAAUAAGUAAUGUGAUGUGCACAUCAGAUUUUGCAUAUGUAUUUUAAAAUUUUAUACUCUUUAAUUUACUUCUAGUAAUAAUGUAUUAGAUUGAAUUAAAUUGUAUAAUAUAUGUUUCUGAUGUUAUUUUUAUUUUAAUGUUUGAAUUUGUGUUGAGUCAGAAUACAUACAUGCGAGCAUCUCAGUCAAUGGAUGAAAAUAUGACUUUUUAAGUAAAUUCAAAAUAGUUUCAUUCAAAUAAUUUUGAAACUGAUAAAAAGCUUUCAGAGAUUUGUAAAAUAAUAAUAAUUUGUAAUUGUCUCCCGAAUCCUUCUCUUGUAAACAUUGUAUGGUAAAAAUCUGAAAAUAUUAGUAUAUAUGAUGUUUGAAUGCAUUCAAAUCAAAUAGAUAUUUAUUGAAAUUGUUUUGUUCUAAAGAGUUUAUGUUCAUAAUGUAUAUUUUAGCAUCUAUAAUCAGAAUUACCUAAAUCAAGCUUAUGUUUGUUUGUCCCUUCAUAAUAACUGAUGGGCAACAAAAAUAAGCUUGUUUUAGUACCUGACAGAUUGAAGGAAAACCAGCACCUGUAUAUCUAAGUGGGUACUUUGCUGGGCCUUGCUAAGUACUUGCUAAGUAUUGCUGGGCCUUGCUAAGUACUAAGCUUCCACCAAAAUGGAAUUUUGAAGAAGAAUGCUCUGAAUGUGGUCAGAAAGUCUCCUACCACCAACCUCUCAAGGAUUUUGCCUCACCUUCUGCUUUUAGUGCUCCUUGCUAAACAACCAUUACACACUUACAUUACAACAUCCAUGCCUUCUUUGGGAUUUGAACUCGAACCUUUUGGUAUGAUAGGCAGCGUCAUUAACUACUAUCCUGUCUGGGUGCUACAGCAUAGUGUUGCUAUAAUGGAAGAUGUCUUGGUUCUGUGAAGACAUGAAAACAAUCACAAAAGAAAUGAUGCCUUUCUGCAUGUGAAGGAAUUCUUUGUGAAGUAUGCUCUUUUGUCAAUCGAAACAAAAUUCAGAAAUCACUUGGAUGCACAAGCAGAUAUGCGAAUUGCUAUUAACAAUAAAGUGCCACAAUUUGGAAAAAAAUAUCCAAUACAGAGGAACAGAAAUAGUUAUUAAUUAUUGUUUUGAAAAAUUUAUGCAAAUAUUAAAUUUUGUAAUAUU